AUAAAUUAAACAAAAUUAAAUAACAAUAGAAAGCAAUUAACAUGACACGAGAGAAUUUAGUUAAAUUCUUAAAGUUGGCAAAGCCAUAUUUGGCUGUAAUGUUAUUGCAGUUUGGGUAUGCAGGCACGUAUAUUAUUACCAAGUCUGCUCUCAAUGACGGCAUGAGCCCCUUCACUUACGCAGUCUACCGGAAUUUCAUCGCCGCCGUCUUCUUCGCUCCUUUUGCCGUCGCCUUCGAAAGGAAAAUAUGGCCGAAGAUGACAGUUUCCAUUUUCUUGAAGAUAAUGGCCCUUGCUUUAUUAGAGCCCGUUAUCGACAUGAAUUUGCAUUUCAUUGGGAUGAAAUACACAACGGCAACUUUUUCAACAGCAUUGUCCAAUGUUCUUCCAGCCAUUACUUUUAUAUUGGCUUGGAUCCUUGGGCUUGAGAAAGUGAAGAUGAGGAAAUUGCAUAGCCAGGCAAAAAUUUUAGGAACAGCAGUGAGCAUUGGGGGAGCCAUGAUAAUGACUGUUGUCAAAGGACCAAACAUUGGAUUGCCUUGGACCAAACACACAAACCAUAUCCAAACUCAAACUUCACAUUCUAAUUAUUCCCAGCAAGAUUUUAUUAAAGGUGCUGUCAUGGUCUCAGCAGGUUGCCUCUGCUGGGCCAGCUUCUACAUUCUUCAGGCAAAUACGUUGAAAUCAUACCCUACUGGACUAUCUCUUACGUGUUUGAUAUGCACUAUGGGAGCAUUGCAGGCCUCUGUGUUAGCCUUAGUGGCUGAGAGGGGUAAUCCCCAAGCAUGGGCAUUACAUUGGGAUACUACCCUCUUAGCUAAUGUUUAUAGUGGAGUAAUUUGUUCAGGAGUUGCAUAUUACUUGUCGGGUGUAAUCAUGAAAGAAAAAGGACCCGUUUUUGUCACUUCAUUUAGUCCUUUAAGCAUGAUUAUCGUCGCAAUUAUGGGGUCAUUUAUGUUAGCUGAGCAGCUGGACUUUGGAAAGGCUUUUGGAGCCGGUGUGAUUGUCAUUGGUCUAUACAUGGUACUAUGGGGAAAGAAACAAGAUCAAGACUCACAAGAAUCAAUCAACGAUCAGGUAGCUUCGAUUGAUAAACCGCCAUCAACAAUAGUCAAGUUUUCAACUAAGCAAGAACCAAUUGAUACUCCUAGAGCAAUUGCUGGAAAUGAAGCAGUUUAGGCUGAAGAGAUUAGGGAAAUAAGAAAAUAAAUAAGUAUA